AUGUCAUCGACCACGGCCCCAGAGCCGUUUUCCGCAAUGAAUGAAUCUGUAAAUUGGCUGGAAAUGCGUGAGGAACUGAUGACAAAUAUCCUUCAAAGAUUGGAUACUAAGGAACUACUCACGAGCAUACUGAAAGUAUGUACAACUUGGCGGAUAAUUUGCAAGGAUCCGACGAUGUGGAAGAUCAUCCGUAUGAACAAAUUAUUUGAUCAUCGUGAUAAAAAUUACGUUCUCGAGAUUAUGACUAAGCAGGCAGUUGAUCUCAGCUGUGGGGAAUUGAUAGAUCAUAGAUACCAGUGUCGAGUACUUUGGCACCAAUCAUCUCCUUAA